CUCUCACCCAAUUGCAGAAUUCACCAACCUUACCGAUCCGCAUGUAAUCGACCCCAAACCUCCAGGAGCGCCCACUGCAACUUGCUCCUCCCUCAACGCCUAAAGAUGACCGCUACUACUACCGCCGCCGCUACGAUCGCAACUACGCAAGUGAUCAGCAAGCCCCCCCGCAAAAACCACUUCCUUUCCGGUGGCUUUUCGGGAGUCCUCAGCGCCAUCCUCCUCCAACCCGCGGACCUGCUAAAAACCCGCCUGCAGCAAAGUCCCCCUACCACCUCCGCCACCCGCACACUGUUAAGAACCCUCCAACAAAUCGCUUCAUCCCCACGGCCCAUCCGCUCGCUAUGGCGUGGCACCUUACCCAGUGCUAUCCGAACAGGUGUGGGCUCUGCACUCUACUUUUCUGCGCUCAACACAAUACGUAGUGGGCUCUCUAGCCGAUCUAGCACCACUGCUAGCAGCAGCCUACCUACACUCUCACCAUUGGGGAAUCUUGCCUCCGGCGCUGGCACAAGGGCGGUGGUGGGGUACUUGAUGAUGCCGGUCACUAUACUAAAAGUCCGUUACGAAUCCAGUCUGUAUACAUACCCUACAUUCUCCUCUGCCUGCCAAGACAUCUACAAAACUGAAGGAAUGCGGGGCUUUUUUAGCGGCUGGGGUGCAACCGCAAUCCGCGAUGCCCCGUACGCCGGGCUGUACGUAGUCUUCUACGAGCAGAGCAAGAAGACACUAUCCCGGUUCUGGCAUACCAAAGAGGGUGGAGGAAUGGACGUCGGUACCGCCGCGGGAAUAAACGUACUUUCGGGAGCUGGCGCCGCAACUCUAGCUACCGCUAUCACGAAUCCGUUCGAUGCGCUGAAGACUAGGAUACAGGUUUCCCCCGGACGCUACAGGAAUCUAUGGCACGCGGCGAAGGUAGUUGUGAAAGAGGACGGGAGGUGGAAGGGACGAGCGUUGUUUGACGGGUUGGGGCUGAGGAUCGCCAGGAAGGCGGUUAGCUCUGCAGUGGUUUGGGGGAUAUACGAGGGAUUGGUGCGGUAGUCUUCCUUCUCUCUCCUCGGCGGUGGUGGGCGCGGGAGCCGGGAUCGCGGUAGAGCGGAUGGGGGAGGCUUUCGUGUUUCUUAUUGCUGCUCAGGUGUCGUUUCCAGUCUAGGCAUCGCGGGGAUAGAAGUGAAAACAAAAACGGCGUGUAUGGCGACAAAGUUAGAUUCCAUCGAAAAAUAGACUGCUUUACCCGGG